UAAAUAACUCAGUUUCACCGCAAUUGCACGCCGGAAUGCACGUUUAUUUAUAGUGCAUAAUAUUAUUAGUCCAAAGAUCAAUGUAUUAAAGUACAAUUUGCAAAAAUUACAGGGAAAUUGUUGAAUAUAUAGUUUUAAUUUCAAAACUGUUCGUUAAGUUUUGCUAGUUGUUAUUUUCUUUUCUAUAUUGUGAGGUAAAGUGUAUGAGUUAGAAAAUGUUGAAGAAUCCGCUAUAUUUGUACGGUUCGAAGGACAUAUUAGUACCGGUACAUUUGAACUUCGGUGAAUUCAUUAUAGAUAAACUAUGGACGUAUCGGGAGAAGGUGGCCGUGAUCAACGGAGCUACAGACGAAUUCCUAACAUUCGGGGACAUUCUCCAACAAGCAAUGAACUUCUCUAUCUCACUCGCUCGUAUGGGUGUGAGAAAAGGAGAUGUGAUCGCUUUAUGCUCUGAGAAUCGGGAGGAGUUUUGGGGGGCUGUUAUUGGAGUUAUAUGUUCUGGAGCAGUGUUAAGUACUGUUAGUACUGCUUAUGUUGAAGGUGAAAUAAAACACGCGAUGAGCAUAUCAAAACCAAAAUACGUGAUAAGUUCACCAUCAUUCUACAAAAGUCAUGAAGUGACUCUAAAAUCAUUCAACCAUGUGAAGAAGAUAAUCAUAUUUGGUGACGAAAAGCCAAAUAAUACGUUAUUGUACAAAGAUAUGGCAGUAGCGAAUGGCGUUUUUAAAAACGUUAAUUACGACGAUUUUAAAGCCGUUGAUGUGAUCGGACAAAAAGAUACGUUAUUCAUAUUGUAUUCGUCGGGUACAACAGGAUUGCCUAAAGGAGUAAUGUUAUCACAUUUGAAUGUGCUGACUGCUUGUUCUGUGUCACCAUCAAACGACCCCAACGCCGUCACCAUCGGCAUCAGCCCCUGGUACCACGUGAUGGGUCUGGUCGGAGGACUCCUAUCGUUCUCUUGCGGCAGGACUUCGGUCUACACGGCUAAGUUCAACGUUGAACUGUUCAUGAAAAACAUCGAGAAGUAUCGGACCCAACAACUAACAGUAGUGCCGCCAGUAUUAGUAGCUGUUUGUAAGUCUACCCUCAAGUCUGAUUUGAGCUCCGUAAGGGUGAUCUACUCCGGGGCCGCUCCUCUGCAUAAAGAAACUGUUGAAGCAUUGUAUGAAAAGUUCCCAAAUUUACAGGGAGUAUUGCAAGGAUACGGCGCGUCAGAAACUACACUCGCUAUUUGCAGGUUCGAUAAGGUAGUUUCUACAAAACCGGGAAGCGUUGGAAGGGCCGCCCCUGGAGUUGUUCUGAAGGUAGUCGACAUAGAAACAAGGAAACCUUUAGGACCUAACCAGCAGGGAGAGAUUUGCGCGAAGGGAGAGCUUCUGAUGAAGGGUUAUAUGGGCGGAGGAAAGAAAGAUGAUUUCGAUGAAGAAGGAUUCUAUAGAACUGGAGACGUCGGUUACUACGAUGAUGACAAAUACUUCUACAUCUGCGACAGGUUGAAGGAAUUGAUCAAGUAUAAGGGAUACCAGGUACCUCCAGCUGAAUUAGAAGCAGUACUUCUCCAACACGAAGCGAUCAGCGAUGCAGGUGUAGUGGGGAUACCAAACAAGGCAGCUGGGGAGGUGCCAAUGGCCUUUGUUGUUCUACAGCCAGGCAAAACUGCAACUGAAGAAGAGAUAAAAUUCUUCAUUGCUAAACGGUUAUCAAAUCCAAAGCGGCUAAGAGGCGGAGUCAAGUUUAUAAACGCGAUCCCCAAGAAUGCCAGCGGCAAGAUAUUAAGAAAAGAAUUAAGAAAAAUGGCAAAGUCUGUUUCAAGUAAAUUAUAAAAGAAAUAUGUUUGCACGUUAUCCUAAAAUCAUCUAAAUCUUUGAUUAUUUUUAUGAUUAUUUACCGCCAUUUUAAAGCAUCACGUUGAUGAAGCAAUUAUUGGUGUACUACAGAUUAUUUGAGUUGGGAUUUAAGUGAAGCGGCGAUAGCCUAGUUGGGUGUGGAACGGACUGCCAAGACGAAUGUCCGCAGGUUCAAAUCCCAAGGGCACACACCUCUGACUUUUCUAAAAAAUCAUAUGUGUAUUCUUUGUGAAUUUAUCGUUCGCAUUAACGGUGAAGGAAAACAUCGUGAGGAAACCUGCACAUCUGAGAAGUCCUCUAUAGGAAUUUCGAAGGUAUGUGAAGUCUACCAAUCCGCACUAGGUCAGCGUGGUGGACUAAGGCCUAAUCCCUCUCAGUAGUAGAGGAGGCCCGUGCUCAGCAGUCGGCAAGUAUAUAAUACAGGGCUGAUAUUAUUUAUAUUAUUAUUACGUAAGAGAUGUCAUGUGGGACGGUGAAGGUACACGUGAAGAAUAUCCAAAGAGUAUUGUUGAACUGGGACAGGAGGUGUCGUGUAUAUUAUAGUAUAUUGCUGGUGAGCAAGCAAGCGAGUAAUAGGUUACAUUACCCGCUUGCUUGCUUAUUGACUGGGGAUAAGGAUAAUAUUGAUAAGUCUUUUUAAAUUAUAGGGACAAUAAGAAGUAUAGAAAUAUAUUAUCAUAAAGAAUUUUGCUCGUUUAAAUAAUAUGUAUUAAUGGUUGUCCUUUGGUCGAAAAUCGACCGUCAAAUAAAAUACAUCUAACACAAAUUA